CCGCGCCGAGCCGCACACAGCCAUCCCUCCCUCCCUGCCCCUCUCCCCUCCGCUCUGCCUCCUCUCUAGGUCCCAGUCUCCACCGGCAGCCCGAGGGCCGCCGACCGCCACCAUGAGUUCCUUCAGCUACGAGCCGUACUACGCGACCUCCUACAAGCGGCGCUACGUGGAGCCGCCCCGGGUGCACAUCUCCGGCGUGCGCAGCGGCUACAGCACCGCGCGCUCCGCGUACUCCAGCUACUCGGCGCCCGUCUCCUCCUCGUUGUCCGUGCGCCGCAGCUACUCGUCCAGCUCCAGCUCGUUGAUGCCCAGCCUCGAAAACCUCGACCUGAGCCAGGUCGCCGCCAUUAGCAACGACCUCAAGUCCAUCCGCACCCAGGAGAAGGCGCAGCUGCAGGACCUCAACGACCGCUUCGCCUGCUUCAUCGAGCGCGUGCACGAGCUGGAGCAGCAGAACAAGGUGCUGGAGGCCGAGCUGCUGGUGCUGCGGCAGAAGCACUCGGAGCCGUCCCGCUUCCGGGCCCUGUACGAGCAGGAGAUCCGCGACCUGCGCCUGGCGGCAGAAGACGCCACCAACGAGAAGCAGGCGCUGCAGGGCGAGCGGGAAGGGCUGGAAGAGACGCUGCGCAACCUGCAGGCGCGCUACGAAGAGGAGGUGCUGAGCCGCGAGGACGCCGAGGGCCGCCUGAUGGAGGCUCGCAAGGGGGCUGACGAAGCCGCGCUCGCCCGCGCGGAGCUGGAGAAGCGCAUAGACAGCUUGAUGGACGAGAUCGCCUUUCUGAAGAAAGUACACGAGGAGGAGAUCGCCGAGCUGCAGGCGCAGAUCCAGUACGCGCAGAUCUCCGUGGAAAUGGACGUGUCCUCCAAGCCCGACCUCUCCGCCGCGCUCAAGGACAUCCGCGCCCAGUACGAGAAGCUGGCCGCCAAGAACAUGCAGAACGCCGAGGAGUGGUUCAAGAGCCGCUUUACCGUGCUCACCGAAAGCGCAGCCAAGAACACCGACGCCGUGCGCGCCGCCAAGGACGAGGUGUCCGAGAGCCGCCGCCUGCUCAAGGCCAAGACCCUGGAGAUCGAAGCGUGCCGGGGCAUGAACGAAGCGCUGGAGAAGCAGCUGCAGGAGCUGGAGGAUAAGCAGAACGCAGACAUCAGUGCUAUGCAGGAUACAAUCAACAAAUUAGAAAAUGAGCUGAGAACUACAAAGAGUGAAAUGGCAAGAUACUUGAAAGAGUAUCAAGACCUCCUCAAUGUGAAGAUGGCCUUAGAUAUUGAGAUUGCAGCUUACAGGAAACUCUUGGAAGGUGAGGAGACCAGGCUCAGUUUCACCAGUGUGGGAAGCAUAUCCAGUGGCUACUCCCAGAGCUCCCAGGUCUUCGGCCGAUCUGCCUAUGGUGGUUUACAGACCACCUCCUACUUGAUGUCAGCCCGCUCCUUCCCAUCUUACUACACCAGCCAUGUUCAGGAGGAGCAGAUUGAGGUGGAGGAGACAAUUGAGGCUGCUAAAGCUGAGGAAGCCAAGGAUGAACCCCCCUCUGAGGGAGAAGCUGAAGAAGAGGAGAAAGAGAAAGAAGAGGGAGAGGAAGAAGAGGGUGGGGAAGAGGAAGAAGCUGCCAAGGAAGAGUCUGAAGAGGCAAAGGAUGAAGAAAAAGGAGGUGAAGGUGAAGAAGAAGAAGCCAAAGAAGCUGAGGAGGAUGAAAAGAAAGAAGAGGGUACUGGGGAAGAGCAAGCAACAAAGAAGAAAGAUUGAGCUCCCUCUUCCCCCUUUCCUAUGUAAUUCCAAGAAUAAUUCUCCCCAAAUCAGGUCAUCCAUCACCUAACCUACCAACCAACCAGUUGAGUUCCAGAUACUCUAGGAAUUAAGAUGUCAAUAUUGUAUAAUUCUGAGAUGAUUUAGGUUGGACAUUAAUUGUUGUGCUAUGACUUUCCUCCAUAUGCAGAGUGCCCGUUUGCUUGCAGAGUGGCUUUCUGGCUUGCUGCCAGCCUGUGCAUGGUCCACGCUUAUGAGUUCAGGAUCUGUGGCAAUGUGAAUAACUCUGAUGUUUACAAUAACAAAAUCACAAGAAUACAUGAGUUCACUAAUGCUACUGUUCAUUUUUCAGGGGAAAAAUGAGUCCUCUGAGCUUUUGGUGGUUAGAAAUUAAAGACCUCGAAUAUGUGCAAUAAGUAGUAAAUAAAGUUACACUGGAUGAUA